ACUACAUACUUUUUAAAGCUUUACAGACCUAUUGAUUCAUACGGCUACAAAUUUUGUUUCUCUUCGUAUUCGUACAUCCCUGUUGAAGAUUCAUGUGAAAAACAGCGAAGUGUAUGGAAAAAGAAUUGCUCUGGAUCCUAUAGCUUUCGAAAACGUCAAUGCAUUAAUUCUACAACCAGUGAUGUCUUCUUCACAUCGCCACCAAAAAUUAAUCUUAAGUUGGUAAAAAAAUUCGCAUUUGGCAAUGUUUUGGAAGGACCACAGUAUUUAAAAGUCGUAGAGGAAAUAAGUGUUCAAAAAGGCGAUCUCAUUUGUUAUAAAUAUAUAAUAGGUAGAGGAGUAAUAGAAGAAGAAAUGACAUCAAAGUUCACGGAAUACAUGGCGAAUGACGCAGACUUUAACUUUAUCGAUGCAAGCAACCUUGUACCAAGCAAUAAACCCAAUCACGUAUUUAGGGCUAUUGUCAACAGGCGAUCACGAGCACUUAUAUCACACGUAUGCGAUGUGGAUAUAAAUGAUUAUGACUCCCUGUGCUCGUUUAAUGUAUUGAUUGGAGGGAUGAAUAAAAAUGUCUCUAUUAUCCGAGUCAUCGACCCUCCGAUUCAUGACGUACAUAUAUCCAGUAUUAAAAACGCAAUAAUUGGUGAAAUUGUCAACUUAACUGUUGAGAAUCAACCUGGAAUGUACUUCUUAAAUUACGAAUGGAAUCUUGACAACGGUGAUACAAUACAAACGAAAAUGAGUGGCAUAACGUAUUCAUGGUCUUAUAACGGACUGUACAACGUUAGUCUGCUAACAUAUAAUAAUGACAGUCAACGGAGAGACAAUGUAUUGAUAAGAAUUGUGGAAAAAAUUGAAAAUUUGAGUUUAAUUGAAGAAGCUUCAACAUGGAAUAUCGUGGAAGAUGGAAAGUUAGUUGUUGAUAUUAACCACGCCGCGCUCGUUCAGUGGUCCUCAGACGGUAGGCUUCAAACAUUUUGUUCAACAUAAUAUCAUCUAAAUUUGAUUACAUCUUAUUUGCUUGAUAGUAUAUGUUGCUUUAUAAAUUAACUUAUCCACAUUGCCCCCUUGGAUUAUGGCUACAAAAGUAUGUUGUUUUGUAAGUGUCAGUAUAAGAGCGUUACAUACUUCCCAUCAUCUGCAGGGGCUCAUAGCACAAGCUGUUGAUUAGAAUGUGAGUCUUUCGGACCAACAUUGAAUAAACAAUAGAGUGUACAAUGAUUCCUCUUUUUGAUUACAUACGUAAAAUCAAAGUUAAAAUUUUAAAAUUCAUGCU